CCCCACCCCUGCAGGUUUAAUGAGACAGUCGAUGAUUAUUCAACAUGGCAGCGAACAUGGAUGAGAGCGUGCUUUGCGAAGAUUUUCUGAGAUUUCAGGAUGUGUUAAAGAACAUGCGCACCAUCGAUGACAAAAUUAUCUAUGCUCUGAACACCACUGUUCCCACCCAGUCUUUUGCGGGCCAAGUUGAUGCCACAGAAACCUGCAAAGAUUUACACUUCCAGCUGGAAAAAGCCUACAGCGAGCGGGAGAAUGCCAUCCGGCGAUGUAUAUCCCAUGUCUCAACAACAGUGAAUAGAUUACUCGAUGAGAGAACGAAAAAUCCAGACAGCAUGGCUAUCAACAGAGAUUUAAGGAAAGAACGGACAAAGCUACAACAAAUGCAGAUGGAGCUCAACGUUGAAGAAAUUGUUAAGGACAGGAGUCUGAAGGUAUUCCACGAGCGAUGUAGGAACCAUUAUAUUCCACACAGCACUUCUUCAUGACGACACAUUCCCGAUCCAAGAUCUUCAAAUUGAAGAAACCGGUGUAGAGAAGUGGUCAUGAUGAAAGGGCAUUCUCUGAUAUUCUUUACAUAUUCUGAGUUUCGUCAGACAAUUAGCAGUGGACUUGAUUCAUGGGGAAAAAGAUUCUUAACUUGGGCGUGACAAAGCUGGAGGUAAAAUCUUCUAGAAAAUGCUGCCAACUUACCUUUUUCAGGGUUUUUUUAGAUUGUAUUUGGACGUGUCAAUGAGGUAACCAAUGUUCCCACGGUCGUGGAAAAUCCUCGAAAAAAAGUUCUCCAGGAAAAUCAUGGAAAAGUCACGGAAGAAUUGGGGAAGAAUAGAGAGUCCUUGAAUCCUAUUGUCAGAGGGAAAAAAAUUCAUGGAAAAAUUGAGGAAAUCAAGAUCCUUUUACAUGUAGAUAGUUUAGUCCUGGAUAGUCCAGGAAUUUGUUUUCCAGUUUUCUGUGGGAACCCUGGAGCCCUUGUGAAGUGCCAAUCCACGCAAAGUCUGCUGGAUACCAGAGGAGCUUCAAGCAACAUGCACACAAAAAAUCUUGAUAUUUUGAGUAUGCUGUUGUGCUGGGCAAGACAAAAAAAUCACCCUAUGCAUGAAAUACAUGUAAUUGCAAUGUCAAAAGCGGUCGUCCGGACACGAUCCUUACUGCAUCAAAAGUUUCAAUUUAAAGUUUCAUUGCACUGAGUUUUUCCCCAAAUGACACGACAGCAUUGUAAUAAAACUCUGUUUUAUUUCACUUGUCCCCACCACCCCCUAAAGCAGGGUCCUGGCAUGUGCUACUUGCUCUUAAUAAAGUCGUGUGAAGAAAGUUUACAUAUGUACAUUGACCCUUAUUAAGAGAACUCUGUCCGCCAAGGGUUUGAAGAAAUGAUUUCAUGCAUCCUGAAGAAAUUAACCCAUUCGGGUACUCUGUGAGGGUCUGGGGACCAGUGAAAUACGUCCUGUCAAUUAGAACCAUUAUGAUGAGACAACUUAACCCUUAUGAUGAGCAUUCUCUUCUUUGGGAGAUUAUUCACUUUUUAUGAGGCUUUUUUCCCCACCAAAUUUCUUCCAAAAUGAUCAUACAUUUGUUUUGACUUGAUGUUUGAAUUCUUGUUUUGAAUGUUUUUAAGGGCAAACACGAAUAAAGGGUUUUCAUUUUGGAGCAGUU